AGAGAAGAAAGAUACUUGAAUCACAUUUGGCGAGACUUACGUAAGUCUCGACCACAUGAGUUCCAAUAUCUUCUUCUCCUCUUUUUUUUCCAAAUAUUUCUAAAUUGAUGAAAAGCGGGACUUGCUACUUCUUCAUAGUAUAAAAACUAGUAAAAAAAGAAAAAAAGAAAGAUACUGGAAUUAUAUGUGGCGAGACUUACGUCUCGUCCACAUAAAUUCCAAAAUCUUCUUCUCUUCUUUUUUUUUCAAAUAUUUCUAAUUUGAAAAGCAUUUUGGUGAGGUGUGUGAUUUGAGAGAGGGUGUGUUUUGUGAGUUUGUGUGUGGUUUGAGAAGGAAAGUUGUGGGUAUUUAUAGAAAAUAUAAGCUCGCUAAUUCCUCGUAACACAUGUGCUCGUUAAUUCCACGUAAAGAUACUCGUCAUAAAAAUGUCGUUAACCAAAACGUGGGCCUUUGUAAUUCGUCGCUAUUUCCUCGUAAAUAAAAACGCGGGCCUCUGUAAUUCCUCGUAACUUUACGAGGAAAUGACGAGGACAAGUAAUCUUAUAUAUAUCCCCGAGCGAGCGAGCUCUUUCUUUCCUCUCCACUUCCUCUCCACUUCCUCCCUAUUUCGUAGCAAUGGUAAGUCUCUCUAAUUCCUCUCUAGUUUGAUUAGUUUAGGAUAGAUUAGGUGGUUAGUAUAGGGAAUUUAGAUAGGUUUACGGAUCUUAUGUUAUUUAGUGUUGAUUAGGUGGAUAAUAUUGGGAAGUAUAUUGUUCACGAAAAUUUAAAAAAUUAAAUUUUUUUUUUCAGGUUCGAAAAGGUAGACUUACUGCCCAUUACAGAGAGAUGUUCGGUGAGCCGGGUAGUCGUUUAGACCCGUCGUCUUCUUCAGCUCCCGGUUCUUCGGGUCAGGAGACUGUCCCCGAGACUCAGUACACUCAGAGAGUCUUUGGAUCUCCUUCUUCUAGUGCACCAUCGGUUCCUCACGUGCCUCCCCCGAUGGCUCCUCCUCCUAUGCCUCCUCCGAUGGCACCUCCGAUGCCCGCCGAGAUUCAUCCCGAUUUGAUGGUGCCUCCGAGUGCUCCUUACUCGCAGUACACCGUAGAUGACAUUCUCCGUCUGCCAGGCAGAGAAGGUUUACCAGUCAUCGACCCCGACCGACCGGACGGAACUUUGUGGUUUGGGAUUGACGGAUGUCUUGCAUCGGACGUAACCGACACGAUAAAAGAUUACUUCUCCAUGGCACAUCCGAACUGGAAAAAGACGCCUCACUACGGGUAUGAGCGUGGCAAACCCGUUGAGCUCACCACAGAUGUCUGGGAUGGCCUCAUCCAAUAUUAG